AGAGCUCGAUUUCCUCUUUCCGUUGGUGUCAUUUCCAACACUCUGUCUUCAAUGGUGGCUCAGUUAUGAGGGUUCAAAGUAUGGGAUUGCUUGGCUGAAAACCUGAAAACCGUAGCCAUGCAUGAAGUUUUCUUGCGAAGAAUUGUGCUCGCCCGGUAUUUCAAAAGAACACGAACUUCAGAAUCUCCAUGCAAAAUUGUUCGUGUUCUGUUGAAUCUCCAUGCAGAAUCUACAAAGAUGAGCUUAUUCGCUAUGAGUUAUCAAGUACUCCUGAAUGUGCGCGGGGAAAGAUAUCUAACUACCACGAAAACGCUUAGAAAUUGUCCGGAUACG